AUGAUAAUGCGCCUUUCCAAAGCCCUAAUAGACAUGGAGAUGGCAGAUUAUAGCGCAGUGCUAGACCCGGCGUAUACCACUCUGGAGUUUGAGAACAUGCAGGUGCUGGCUAUGGGCAACGACACAUCUCCAUCAGAAACAGCCAACCUCAACACUUCCAACAGCAUUGGGGUGAGCGCGCUGUGUGCCAUCUGCGGGGACCGCGCCACAGGGAAGCAUUACGGGGCUUCCAGCUGCGAUGGCUGCAAAGGCUUCUUCAGGAGGAGCGUCCGGAAGAACCACAUGUACUCCUGCAGGUUUAACAGGCAGUGUGUGGUAGACAAAGACAAAAGAAACCAGUGCCGAUACUGCAGGCUUAAGAAGUGCUUCCGAGCAGGAAUGAAGAAGGAAGCUGUACAAAACGAACGGGACCGCAUCAGCACCCGGAGAUCAAGUUACGAAGACAGCAGCUUGCCCUCCAUCAGUGUCUUACUGCAGGCAGAAGUCCUGGCACAACAGAUAUCAUCCCCAGUUCCUGUGAUCAACGGAGACAUCCGAGGGAAGAAGAUUGCCAACAUCUCUGACGUGUGUGAGUCCAUGAAGCAGCAGCUGCUAGUGCUGGUGGAGUGGGCCAAGUACAUCCCUGCCUUCUGCGAGCUGCCCCUGGAUGACCAGGUAGCACUGCUGCGAGCACAUGCAGGGGAACAUCUGUUACUGGGAGCUGCCAAGAGGUCCAUGGUGUUCAAGGAUGUCUUGCUGCUAGGAAACGACCACAUCAUCCCACGGAACUGCCCCGAACUGGUAGAGGUGAACCGCGUAGCCAUCCGCAUCCUGGACGAGCUGGUCCUCCCCUUCCAGGAGCUGCAGAUAGAUGAUAAUGAAUAUGCCUGCUUGAAAGCCAUCAUCUUCUUCGACCCAGAUGCCAAAGGACUCAGUGACCCCUCAAAGAUCAAGCGGAUGCGAUACCAGGUGCAGGUCAGCCUGGAGGACUACAUCAAUGACCGGCAAUACGACUCACGGGGCCGCUUUGGGGAGCUGCUGCUGCUGCUGCCUGUGCUGCAGAGCAUCACCUGGCAGAUGAUAGAGCAGAUCCAGUUUGUCAAGCUCUUCGGCAUGGCUAAGAUUGACAACCUGCUGCAGGAGAUGCUGCUGGGAGGCUCAUCAAGUGAAACACCGCAUGCUCACCACCCCCUGCACCCUCAUCUGAUUCAGGAGAACCUGGGAACAAACGUCAUUGUGGCCAACACAAUGCCUCCUCAGAUGCACAACGGGCAGAUGUCUACUCCAGAAACUCCACAGCCAUCUCCACCUGCAGGCUCAGGACCAGAGCAAUACAAGCUGCUGCCCGGAGCCAUUGCAACCGUGGCAAAACAGCCCACCUCCAUCCCGCAACCUGCCAUCACGAAACAGGAGGUCAUCUAGCAAUCUGCAGACCAGAUGGCCUCAUUUAGAAGACCGUGUGGGACAAAAGCCUGAACUGACUCUGUCACUGUGAAAAGAGAAGCCAUCCAGAGGUCAAUGGGUGCAAACACACAGACUUGCUUAUUGGACUAGUCCACCACCACCAAAAGCUGUCUUCCUGCAGCUACGGACAGCGUGUGCCACGGGCAGCCCUGAGUCCCAGAACUAAAGCUGAAGCCUUACUGAAACCCUCAGUCUUUGUUAGAAGGGCCAGAUUUCUGCCUCCCUCUGUGGGGAGGUUGCAGUGACUGGCUGGGGACAGUGCACCUGGCUGUUACCCCAUUGCCACCUCUCAGCGUUGGUUCAGCAGACACCAGUCCCUGCGAACAAG